AUGAGGAAGCAUGGAGCAUUCACAACAACUAUUGUUACUACCGCUAUCCGCUAUUCCAAGGAAUGUCCGAUGACAAACAAGACGCAAAGGAACAGGAGGCUAAAUCAGGAAAAGCCUGAUGAUCCUAAAGAUAAAGUGAAAAUCCGAAGAGCUUACAUUCUUGGAGGAUGUUUAAUGUUCAUGUGGCUUUCUACCCACGCUAUACUUCUUUAUCGACGCCGCAGUGAACAUCGUGCUCUCAACGCAAAACUUCCGCCAAUUCCGUGGGAAGAAUUCGUGGACAAGUACUUGUUACCUAAUGAGGUGAAAACUAUCAUCUAUCAGCCGCAGUUCGAAGUUGGAAAUGUCUACCUCCACUCCGCCACAGAACAGCUAAUGAAGAAAGCACUUUUGGAUUGGAUCCCACUGCGCAGACAAGUUUUUGCUCGCAACCUCCAGAUGUUCGAUUUUUUAUUUUCGAAGGCUCUGGAUGGUCAUCAGAGAAUGAAAAAGAGCUAG